AGUUUGGAUGACACCGAUUGGAUAACAUUGCUGGAGCCAUGACAGAGAAAAAGGAGUCAUUGUUACAGAACCUAGAUCAUUUCAUUGAACUCCUUGCUGUAUCUCGAAGUGUUUAUGUAAAGAAUUGGGACAUUUUGAGUGUGAAACAGGGCUUGAAGUGGGGGACGUAUUUCAAACACAUCUAUAAGAAAUUCAGCGCCAAUGACGCUAUCAAAACUAUCUUAGAGGAUUUUCUUCAAUUAAAGAAUGUUGAGCUUGCUGCUUGCACAAAGAACUAUCAACACGUACAUUUCGAUAACCUUGGGCAAAGUGUGGACAUGCUCUGCACAAAUCUUCUGCUGAACAGGGCACUUCCUAAAUCAGUCUUCAAGUUUCUGAUUUCACAGUUAAGUGAUGAUACUAGCAAGACUACUAAACUUUGCGGUGUGAACAAUAGUGUAUCUCAAAAGGCUGCUUUGCAACUUUUGCUACCUUUUCCACAAACCAGUUCCGAUGGACUGCAAGACCCGUUAGAAGAUCCUCUUGUAUUAACUCAAGCAGAAAUGCUCAAAAGUUAUUUAGAAGACAAAUUCAAGACUGUAGGAAAAAUACAUCAGUCUGCCUGUGUGUCAGAUGUCCUGAGUGGGAUAUCACAGCCACAUGUUUACUAUUUAUUAGCAUCUGUGCUGAUCUCCAAUAUUGACACAGUCGGUCUAAUGGGUCUGAAGCCAUUGUCCCAACUGCUUCUAGAAUGGUUGCUAGCUAAUAGUAACAUUUGGCAAGAUUUCUGCCGUAAUCUAAGAUGUCAGAGCUUAACAAGAUUAAGUUGCAAAUAUCCAAUGCUGAGAGAAGCCUACCUUGACUUCUUAACUACUUUGGGGAGAUCCAUGGAACAAGAUUUUGUGUCAGGGAAUUGGGUUAGUACCUCAAUGACAAUGACCUUCAACAUGUUCCUAGAACAUUUUGAAUGUCUGAUGGAAGGUGGUGAGGACCUUAAAGCAGCCACAGAAACAAUGCUUAAAACAUUGAAAAUGGAAGGCGGAGAUUUUGAUGUACCUGGAGUCAACAUAUGGACCGAUUUAUUGCUGGAAAUAAAUAAAACAUAGGCCAUCAUUCAUAGCAUUUUUGUGAUGUAAAAACCUUCAUGAUGUGCUUUUUGGUUUGUGUAUAGAAUCAGUUAUUGAUUUAUAACAUAAUUAUUGUAUUUUUACAGUUAAAUAUUAUUUAUGCAAGCGUGUAAGACAUUUUAGAAUGUCCGUCACAUCCAUCGAAGUUUGAAGGGUUUUCAGUGAGAGGUAGAACAUAAUAUGUACACAUUACUUCUACACUUUGUAAUAAAGAUAAAGUACUUUGUCAUUUUCUUUCAGUAAAUGCAGUUCUUAGAAACAACAGUAAGACUUACUUAUAUUUCUCUGAAUAGAAAUAUCUGUGAUUAUGUAAGUCAAGGCCAAAGCCAAGUCGGCUUUAAAAGAUCUAACUAGCUCCGUUUCUUACACCUUUAUCCAGCCGUAAUAUUUUCUUUUGCGCUAGAGCCCUUGUUUUCGGCAAGGAUAUAAUAAGUGAACCUUUUGUUUUUCGACAUAUACAUUUUUUUUUUCAUGUAUAGCAUUUGAUGAGCCCAUGCUUUUGUUCUGUAAGGUAUUGUAAAAUAAAGAUAGACUGCCAUCUAGACCCUAAUGUACAUGUCUUAGUAGUUUGUCUGCAUUUCUGUUUUAUUUGUUAACAGAAUAAAUAAGGAUACGUGUUUCUGCUUUCAUCUAUGUAUCUCAGUCUAUAUGAGUAAGGGUGCAGUUUGAAAUGACAGGUGGGAAAGGCCAUUCUUUGACGUUUCUAAUUGGUCCAGUCUGCUGUAUGAAUUGAAUUCCAGCUUAACAGAUUACUUAAUGUUUGCUAGAGAUCCGAGAAUUCAGAGGGUGUUUUCUGUCCUGUGCGAUAUUUCAAGUUGGAACCACAUUCUUUCUCUCAAUUCUCCAUCUGAGAGAAUAACAUGCAGGUAUUACCAUUUGCCGUAUAGUUCUAGGUGUGGCCUGAUUCUAGCUUAUUAUUUAGUUAAGAUACCUUAAUAGCAAUAAAAUGUAUUUGAACGCUAUACACUUUGUAUCUAUAUAUGAAUAGUAUUUCCGUUUUAUACCAGUAUACCAGUUUAUUAUCUGGUAAGAAAUGCUACGAGCUGUUGUAAUCUGCAUUAAAAUUACAAAACAUAACAAUGCAACGAUAACUGUAACAAUUAUAGCAAUAAACACUUUCCAUUAUAUACAGUUACUCCUUGUUGUAAUAGCUCUGCAAUCUCGGGUUCCUGGCACGUACACAGCUCUGGGUGGGGUCCUCUCGUUCGGUGCAUAUACAAUCCUGGAAUCUUCUUUUCACACUUCAGUGGAUUUGGAUUAACCACAGCUCUUCCAUCAAUGUCUUUCUGUACAAGUCCAGCUCAUGUCUCUAGAUCUCCACAGCCCUGUUCCAGAAUCAUUUUUACAGACCAAUGGUCCAAUAGCCUUCCCCAGACUUACUCCUCCACUGGAGCCUUGAACAGGUCUAUGCUCUAUAUACUCUAGGUGUGCCCAUUUGUUUAGGCUAUUUUUUUUAUAUACUACUCAGAUUGCCAAAAACAAAUGGCUGUAAGGCAAGAGUAGCAAGGCUUAACUUCAACAGCCAGUUUUAGUAUAUAUUUUGUAGCCUUGAGCAUUUAUAAAAUAUCAGUUGGUGUAUUUCAGUUACAAACAAUUCAGCUCACAAACCUGCAUAUGUUUACAAAUCACCUCUAGUGGCUGUCUUCUUGACAGCCAUUAGAGGUGCUUCUUCCUCCAGAAUUAAUCCUGGUACUGG